CGGGCCGCCCCUGCCCCCCGCCCCCUGCUGGGCUGAGUGGUGUUUUUGUUGUUGGUAAAAGGUUAGUGGAACAGCUGAUUGCUCUGUAGGAGGAUGGAGGAGGUGUCUCCCAGCAAGUCGCAGGCACAGGCCCACCCUACUAUGGCCUUCCUCAAUGUGGCCCGCACUUACGUGCCCAACACCAAGGUCGAGUGCCACUACACUCUGCCCCCCAGCAUGAAGCCGUCGGCCCGCGACUGGAUCGGGAUAUUCAAGGUGGAGGCCUCAUCCGUGCGGGAUUACUACACCUUCGUGUGGUGCGUGGUGCCUGACGGAGGCGCGGAGGGGGCGCCCGUCCAUUCCAGUGUCCAGUUCCAUGCCAGCUACCUGCCCAAGCCGGGGGCCCAGCAGUACCAGUUCCGCUACGUGGACCGCCGUGGCGAGGUGCGCGGCCAGAGCAGCCCCUUCCAGUUCAGCGAGCCCCGGCCCAUGGACGAGCUCGUCACACUGGAGGAGGAUGACGAGGGCAACAUGGACAUGUUGCUGGUGGUGCCCAAGGCCACCCUGCUGCAGAACCAGCUGGAGGAGAGCCAGCAGGAGCACAGCAGGCUGCUGCGAGAGAAACUCCAGCUGGAGGAGGAGGUGAAGGAGCUGCAGGCCCGGAUUGAGCAGCUGGAGGGGGCUCUGGGCACCAUGCGGGAUGAGCACACCAAGCUGGCCGAGCAGUACAAGGAUCUCUCGAGCUCCCAUGCAGCCGUGAUGGAGGAGCGGGAUGCACUGAGCCGGCAGCAGGCGGGACAGCUGGCCCGCAUCCAGGAGCUGGAGGAGGACGUUCAGGCCCUGAGCGAGAAGGUGCUGCAGAAGGAGGUGGAAUUGGACAGGAUGAAGGACACGGUGAAGUCCCUGGUGCGGGAGCAGGAGCAAAUCCACCACCAGCUCAAGGAGGAGAACGCCGAGAAGGAGCAUUACCAGGUCAAGCUGCAGGCCUCGGAGCAGGAGAGCCGGAACCUGGCCUGCGACCUGCUGCUGGCCAAGACCCGGCACGGCGAGAAGGUGUCGCAGGCCCUGGUGCUGCAGGAGGACAUCAGCAAGCUGCAGCAGAAGCUGGCAGCCGCACAGCAGAGGACGGCCCAGCUGGAAGCGCUGUGUGAGCAGCUCCGCUCCACCCAGGACCUCCUUGCCGCCAGCCAGCAGAAAGUGGUGCUGCUGGGGGAGGAGUUGGCCAGCGCAUCCUCCAUCCGGGACCGGACCAUCUCGGACCUGCACAAGAGCCGGCUGGAGUCAGCCGAGACCAACAUCAAGCUGGCGGACAUGACCCUGAAAUGGAAGGAGGGGAAAGGCCAGUGGUGGAAGGAGAAGAGCAACCUGCUGCAGAGCAUAGAGGCAGAGAAGGACAAGAUCCUGAAGCUGAGUGCCGAGGUGCUGAAGCUGGAGAAGAACCUGCAGGAGGAGCGAGCCCAGAAGCAGGCGCUGAAAUCUGAACUGUCCCACGAGAGGGACUCCAGCCUGGUGCAGCUGUCGGAGAGCAAGCGGGAGCUCAAGGAGCUGCGUGCGGCCCUGAAGGUGGCUGAGAAGGAGAAGGAGCAGCUGCAGGAGGAGAAACAGGAGCUGCUGGAGUACGCCCGCAAGCUGGAGGAGCGGCUGGAGAAGGUGGCCGACGAGAAGUGGAGCGAGGUGACGGUGGCUGAGGAGGAGGAGACGGCGGCCACGGCGCUGAGCUCCCUGGACUCCCCACUCUCGGACUCGGAGGACGAGUCCCCCGAGGACAUGAGGAUCCACACCCAGCUCAGCCCCUACAGCCUGUGCGACAACCGAUCGGCCACCAAGACCCCGCCGUGCCUGCGGGAGCCCAUGCACAGGGUGGUGAUCAGCCAGCCAGCCCCCAUCACCACCCAGAUCAAGCAGGCCACUGAGGACAACAGCUCCGACUCAGAGGCGGAGGACGAGAAGGCUGUGCUGAUGGCAGCUGUGCGGAGCGGAGGGGAAGAGGCCAGUCUGCUGCUGCCCGAGUUGGGCAGCGUCUUCUAUGAGAUGGCAAGCGGCAUCACAGGCCGCCAGCCGUCGGACCCGGGCCCGUGUGGGAUGGGCGCCUCCCCACUGGACCUGCCCGCGUCCCCCGGCCUGUGGAAGGAGUGCCCCAUCUGCAAGGAGCGCUUCCCCCUGGAGUGCGACAAGGAGGCGCUGGAGGAGCACGUCGACAGCCACUUCUUCUUCAGCGCCCACGACCCCUUCGCCUUCGAGUGACACCCCCGUGGCCCCCGCCUCUCCCUGCCUCUCCCUGGACCCUCCUGUCAGGCACUGCCAGGCUGGCUCACCCCCUAGGAGCCACACCAGGGUGCCCUGGGCUCCCCCGAACGCUGGGGGGCGAUUUUACCCCCUCCUCCUGCCCUCCAUGGCAUCUGAGAGCAGGGAGUGAAGGGGGGGGGGAAGCUGGGCAAUAACGCCGCCUAGUGGCUGUUCCCAGGCAGGUCUGUAGGCCUGAGGUCUCCAGCCCCCACCCUGCUGCCUUAGGCUGAAAUAGGGCGAGUUGCUCCCACCCCCCAAUAUGGGGUUCAACCACUGCAGAUGCUGAGCGCUCAUCAGUUGCGGGGGGGGGGCAGGCACACACACCCCUUGGCUGUGUGUCAGGGCAAUAGGAAUCCCCCGGGGGGUGUCCCCAACUCCCAUCUGCCUCCUGGUACCUGAGACUGCUGCAUAGAGCUGGGGAAGGCUCGCUGGGGGUGGGGGGUGUUGGAGCUGCGGGCUGCCCUAGGGGCACACUGUCUUCCCCCCCCUUCCCCCAAUGUUUCCCCUGGGGCUCCAAACUUGGAGUGUUGGGAACUGCUGGGCACUGGAUUUUGGAAGAUACAGGAGAUGGAGGAGCAGUUCAGAGAAGGUGAGGCCAGGUGAGGUUAGGCAGAUUUCCUGGGUCCCUCAGAGCUCUGGGAGGUGCAGGAGGUCAGUAAGAGGAGAGCAGGGGAGGGGGCUGAGUGGGGUUAGGCUGCCCCAUAGUUCAGGCUAAAAGGGGCCUGGAUUCCCCCCCCCCCCUCGUGGACCCCGCCCUGGAUCCCAAAGACCCCGAGCUCCGCUCCCCUGGGCCCAGUCAACUAGCCUUUGGGCUCUGGCUGGGCUACUGGUUUCCAUGUCUGGGCUAGGGAAUUUCGCGGCUGUCAUAAGGAUCUGUUCCCCCAUGGGACUCAGUUUCCCUGGCUGCAGGGCAAGGAGACCCAGCCCCCCCCCACCCACCCACCCGUCCACUGCUCGGCCCUGCAGGACGCCAGCACAUGCCAAGAGCCAGCCGAUAAUGCUGGAAGCGCUCCGCUGAUUUGUUAGAAUGUCAACUGCUUAAAUAAUUGGCACAACGGGCCUUCCAUCAGCUCGUUCGCCACCGCUGCCUCCCACGCGGGGUUAAUGGCCCAAGAGGGCCCACAGGAUCCAGAGCCCCAUGCACCGAAAACCUUCCCUUCCCGGUGAUCUCAGGUCGGGGGUGGAAGUGGGGAAGG